CUGACCGGAGGGAUCGUCAUUCUAAGGUCUAGUGGGUUGGAAUCGCUCCUGGACAGAAGGUGUACGAAUCUGUUUUUGGGUAUCUCUCAACCUCUCUUUGUCUUGCUCUUGUUCUUGUUAUCCACCAUGUUGGUGAGAGCUAUUAUGGUUGAUUGUUGAUCCAAGAAGGGUGUUCUUGAGGUAUUUGUAAUCCUCUAACUAGUCUAGAGAGGACUUGUAAUCCCACCAAAGUCUAGUGGAGUUGUGGCUUGGACAAAGGUCCCGUGGUUUUUCCCGAUUUGGGUUUUCCACGUAAAAAUCGUGUGUCUUGUGCAUUCUAUUCUUGCUUGUGGUUGCUGCCCGG